CUGCGUAUCGGAUAGGCAUACAGCAGCUAGGCCUAGCUUAUCUUAUUUUUGUUUGUUGCACCACUGAUUUAGGCUGUUUGUCACCACUCGUGGAAAAGGCGUGUUAAAAUCCAAAUAUUGGCAUUUGUAAGCAAUACAUUUUAAUUUUAUAUAGAUUAGAUGAUGAAUGAAGCAGCAAGUCCAUUGAGCAGAACUAUCAACAGACCAAUUAAACACCUUCUAGUUGGUUGCACAGGGAGUGUUGCAUCUAUCAAGAUCCCACAGUUGGUUACAGAACUGUGCAAGCUCAACCAGGUUGAAAUUCAGGUUGUUUGUACAAAUUCUGCAACCCACUUUUUUGAUCCCUCAAAACUUGAAGUACAAGUAUUUCGAGAUGAAGAUGAAUGGAUGACAUGGUCAAAGAUUUCCGACCCAGUUUUGCAUAUUGAACUGAGGAAAUGGGCUGAUUUGAUGAUUAUUGCCCCUCUUGAUGCCAACACACUAGCGAAGCUUUCACAGGGGUUGUGUGAUAAUCUUCUUACAUGUAUUGUUAGGGCAUGGGAUAUGGGAAAACCCUUGCUCUUUUGCCCCGCUAUGAACACACACAUGUGGCAACACCCUGUAACCAAUACCCAUAUUGAAACACUAAAAAGCUGGGGGUACACAGAGAUACCCUGCAUUGAAAAACACUUGGCAUGUGGUGACACAGGGUUUGGUGCAAUGGCAGAGAUACAUAGCAUAGUGCAAGCAACAAAAGAUAUUUUGAGUUCCUUGUCCUAGCAUACAUUCAUUAGUACUGUAUAUAAGUUAUUAAAAAUAUUAUUUCAUAUGAAAUAUAUGAUUUUUUUUUUAAAGUCUGCAAUGUUAUGUAAAUAUUGAAUUUAAAUUAUUGAAUUAAAGGAUUAUUUCACUUGCACAAGGCUUUAAUAUUUUAUUGCAUUUCAAAAUUAAAGUGCAUCUGUUGUGUUGGUUCUCAGUCCUGGCGGGUCCUCACCAGUUUAGAGCUCUGUGCACAAUAUCUAGAUUUGUGUUCCAAAUAAGGGCAUGAAGACGUCAUAUCAAUUCCAAAUAAGGGCAUGAAGAUGUCAUAUCAAUUCCAAAUAAGGGCAUGAAGAUGUCAUAUCAAUUCCAAAUAAGGGCAUAUCACAUCCAAAUAUGGAACAGUCAGAGGUAUUUCACAUAAAACUUAAUAGUGCAGGCAGACCUUAAGAGUACUGCUUAGGUCUCUUAAAUUCUGUCUACUUUUUAAAGUUGGAUUAUUUGGUCAAUUGAUUGAUUGAUUCUUAUGUCCAAUGUGGUCUUUAUUUAAGUAACUGAAACAAAAAUCUGUCACCAUUUGAGAAAAUUAGAAACUAUUG